AUGUCGACCAACAGUGCCAAGAUUCUUUCUCGCGUGCGUGAGGCCAUGAAGUUACACUCCAUCAAUGCUCUUAUUGUCCCCUCCAGCGAUCCGCACAACAGCGAAUACGUCAUGGACAGUUACAAGUGCCGUGGUUUCUUGACAAAUUUCAACGGAAGCGCGGGCACGUGUCUCAUAACAAUGGAGGAGGCGUAUUUAUGGACGGAUGGACGUUAUUGGCUUGAGGCGGGCCAUUGUUUGUACCCGGAGUGGCAACUGAUGCGUGAUGGUCAUCCGGGGGUGCCCUCACUGGAAGAUUUUGUCCGACUUAACCUUCAACCAGACUUGCUGGUGGGAAUGAAUGAUAACCUUGCCACUGUCGCGGAGUGGGAGAGGCGCCGGAAGGCUAUUAAUUUGGUUCCUAUCCCCGAGAUUGUUCGACCACUUAUGCCGCAGAACUCAGAUGCGAAAGCGGAAAUGUUAAGCAUCCGACCUGAGCAGUUCUGUGGGCAAACUCGUGAGGAGAAGGUGAUGGCACUUGUGGAGGAGCUCAAGGGACAAAAAUGUGAGGCCAUGAUCCUUUCUGCGCUUGACGAGGUAGCGUGGCUCACGAACUUACGUGGAAGUGACGUUCCGUACAAUCCGGUAUUUUAUUCUUAUGCUCUUGUACGUUCCGCCCCCGACCCGACCGUGGCGCUCUUUGUGGAUUCAGCGAAGGUAUCUUCACCUGUCGAGGCGGAAUUGACCCAAUCCGGCCGCAGUGUCGUCUCAGUUAGUCUCCACCCGUAUGAGGCGCUGGAGGAUUAUGUCCGCGCGCUCCCCGCUGGCACCGCCUUUCUGGUCGACGAAUACCAGACGAGCCAACGACUGUACUCCCUGCUCGAGUCAUGCAAAAUGAAAGUGAAUCGGGUGAAAUGCGGCCCAGCGCAGAGACUUAAAGCAGUAAAGAAUGCCGUUGAGAUUGAAGGGUUCCGCCGCUGUCACGUACGGGACGGCGUAGCACUUACGCGGUACCUCGCGUGGUUACACGACAUGAUUGUUGUGAAGGGUGACACCACUAUCACCGAGUGUAGCGGUGCUGAUGUUGUCGAGGGUUUCCGCCGCGAGCAGGAGCACUUUGUGCAGCUCAGUUUCCCCACUAUUUCCUCCGUUGGGCCAAAUGGUGCUGUUGUGCACUACACCCCUCCCAAGGAGGGAUCUGCUACCAUCGUACCGGACCAACUCUAUCUUGUGGACAGUGGUGCUCAAUACCUUGAUGGUACGACUGAUGUAACUCGUACAGUUUGUUUCAAUCCACCCUCUGAUGAGGAGCGCCAGGCUUAUACACUUGUUUUGAAAGGUCACUUAGCGCUCCACAACGCGGUGUGGCCAACAGGCACGACUGGUCAUCGGCUCGAUGCACUCGCGCGCGUCCACCUUUGGCGGUAUGGUUUAGACUACGCCCACGGUACGGGUCAUGGCGUCGGGUCUUUCCUUAACGUACACGAGGGACCUCAGGGUAUUGGAUAUCGACCCACUCCAACAGAAGCAACUCUCGCUGCUGGAAUGAUUAUGUCUAAUGAGCCUGGUUACUAUAAAGCAGGAAAGUACGGCAUACGUAUUGAAAACUUGGAGGUAAUCGUGCGGGCACCGACACGUCACAGCCAAGAGGGGUUUCUCACGUUUGAGGCACUCACGAUGGUGCCAUUGUGCCGAGAUCUCAUUGAUGUGUCGAUGCUAACUGCUGACGAGGUGCGGUUGGUGAAUGAUUACCACCGCACUGUGCGUGAUGCCCUCACUCCACAUUUACGUCGAGUAAAUGACAGUUGCGCACUUGCGUACGUGGAGCGCCACACAGCUGAACUUUGUGCGCUUGAGGGCGGUUGUUGA